GUCGCCACACGCCAUGUUUGGUCUUCUGUGUUGACCCGUCUUUUGUGGCAAUACAAGUAUCUUUGAGGCAUUAUUUACGCUUCGGCCAAGGAAAGAAGCCGGAGUGGGCUGUGCUGCCAUCUGUCGCGCGUGUGUGUCACGAGCUGACCAGAGAGAUGGGUGCCAGAGUCUGGACACACCCUACUCACCGACUGGUGGAGGAGAAGAGAGAGAUCCGGGCACGCCGCAAGUCGACCUAUGCCCCCGACACCUCGGAGAGUCGCUCCAAGCACCUGGCCGUCAUCCGAGAGAGCAAAGUGUUUGGCAAGUUAGGAAACGUCGAGGACAAAAACAAAACGUAGGCUACGUUGCGGACUGAGUUUAUCGACAACCGUAAACUCUCUAUUGUCAUUUUUUUCAGCGUCUUUUUCAACAUAGAAUUAACUUACACAAGGUUGUAAUGUUCAGCAUGAUUGUUUUUUUCCCUACUGUUUGAAACGAGAAUUAUUAUGUUUACCUUAAUAAUAAUUGUACAUAUUACAACAGAGUUCAUUAUUGAUGUAACGCAUAAAUAUUAUAGAUAACAGGUUAACAGGGAAAAUUUCAAUUUAUUUUUAAUUAACCCUUCUCACCUCACCUCAAGUGUUUUCCAGAGCCAGCUGUAUUCUUCACUUAGAUGAUAUUUUAUUUUAAAAUCAUAAUUUACAGCUGUUUCCAAAAGGGGAAAAUGGACCUGCAUACAGCUCGGAAGUGGGGUUAACGCGAUUACCAAUCCGGAAGCUGUCACUGGAACAUUGCUUGGCAUUUUUUGAGAAUCUGUUUUCACAAACGGCACAGCAUACAUUUAUCCUUUUCCUUGAUCUUGCUUGGUAAUUGCACAGUUGACAAGUACUGGAAUCAACCUUUUAACUGUAAGCAAUGGGGUUUUGUUCCCCUGUGAGUGAAUAAAAGUAUAUAAUACCACGCCUUCAAAAAUGGGUUCUUCUUGACACGCCUCUUUUGUAUCCUUAUAUUAUAUAUAGUCAUCGUCAAUCGGAAA